AUGGUAAGAUACUCAAAGAACGCAUUUCGCGAGGUGCUGAGGGACUACAAUGUGGAUAUUGCCUACACACCGAUGAUUUUGGCCGAUGUAUUUAAAUCGAGCGAGUUUGCACGACAGGACUAUACCACCAACGAUCGCGACUGCCCAGUCGUUGUGCAGUUUGCAGCGCACGAUCCAAUUGACUUGGCACACGCAGCACAAAUAAUCGCGCCAUUUGCUGAUGGCAUCGACCUCAACUGCGGCUGCCCGCAAAAAUGGGCGUACAAGGAAAAGAUUGGCGCUUACCUAUCAGAUCGCCCUGAAACAGUGCACGAGAUGGUCCGCGCGGUGAAGGCAGCCGUAAACAUACCCUGUUCUGUAAAAAUCCGCAAGCACCCGACCAAUCCUCACAUCACCGUUGAGCUAGUGCGCCGCGCACAGAUGAUGGGUGUCGACUGGAUUACAAUUCAUGGGCGCACCCGUCACCAAAAAAGCACGGAGCCUGUUGAUUACAACAUAAUCCGCCUGGUCAAGGAAUCGGUAUCUGUACCUGUACUUGCCAACGGCGGCAUAUUCAGCCUGGCCGAUGCCGAUGCCAUGUAUGAUAACACUGGCGUUGACGGCGUGAUGGCGGCGCGCGGCUUGUUGCAAAAUCCAGCUUUAUUUGCAGGAUAUGAGCACACUCCGUUAGCCUGUGUCGAAAAAUAUGUCAACUGUGCCUUGGCCUACGGCACACCAACAUCAAUAAUGCACCACCACAUCAUGUACAUGAUGGAGGCGACGAUGAGUAGCGUGGAGCGCCGGUCCUUCAACUGCCUGACGUCAACCCCAGCCAUCUUGGACCAUCUCGCUCACUACUAUGGCGUGCAGUGCACGCUGAUCUGA